CUUCUCUUUCUUCUGCAUAUGCAUAGAAGAGCAACAGCGAUCGUAUCGCCCAUCCAAACCGCCCUUGCUAAUACGCCUCGCUCCAUUGGACCCAUCUCCUCACGCACAUCUACCAGCUCUAUCUGGUCGCUCAAUUGCCUACCUAAUACCGCUCUAUCGCACCAAAUCAGAUCACAUAGCGCUUUUGCGAAGAACGUCUACAUGGGCGACAACAUCGUCAACUUCUUUGCGGGUCAGCCGCCUCUCAACAGGAUCGCUUUCCAGAGGCAUGAGCUCGAAAAAGUCAAUCACCAUCUCCACAACCCCGAGACUCAAUUCUUCUUGUUCAAGGAUUUCAAGCCUCUUGUAAAGAAAGGAGAAGCUGCUCAGCCUCUAUACCUCAGGAAGGAUGAUGUGAAGGAUCUUAUCGGAGAAGGAUACCGAGGACCCUCCCCUGGAGCCACACUCGAGAUUUCCAAGAUUAGCGAGGUCACCCGUCUCUCCCUCCCCAACCUCAUCUUCCUCGGUAUCGACGACCGCCAAGACCCCACCACCAACAAGUCCUCCGCUGUCGACCACCUCAAUCCCAAAGGCACGCCCUACUUUGCCCUGGACGCCACGGGAACGAGCUUUGAUGAAGCUGCUUUGGGCGGGGAAUGGGGCGAUCCCAGAGCUAGCGGAAGUGCAUUCGGGGCGUGGGAUGCUGGAGUAUUUGCUGAGGCAAGAGCUUUGAUUGACUGGAAUGGAAGGAAUAAGUUCUGUCCCGCUUGCGGUUCCAAGACGUACUCUCUUUGGGCUGGAUGGAAGCGUAGCUGUAUAACCGCUCUCAAUCCUAUCGAAGGCCAAGAACCUUGCUUCUCCACCAAAGGUCUGCACAAUUUUGCAUACCCUCGAACGGACCCUGUCAUCAUCAUGGGUAUCUUGGACUCAACUGGGGAGCACAUGUUGCUUGGGAGGCAGAAGAGCUGGCCUAAGGGGAUGUACUCGUGUUUGGCCGGCUUUAUUGAGCCUGGAGAAUCAUUCGAAGACUCUGUGCGUAGAGAGGUGCUCGAGGAAGCUGGUAUCGAGGUCGGCCCUGUACGAUACUCUUCGAGUCAGCCUUGGCCUUUCCCUGCAAACUUGAUGGUCGGCUGUUUCGGGCGUGCUAAAGACGGGCAGACGAUCCGAUUUGAUCUCGAUAACGAGCUUGAAGAUGCCCAGUGGUUCCCUCGCUCAACCAUCCUCUCCGUCAUCUCCAACCACGGCUCCUCCAACUACACCCGUGACGACCACAAAAAACUCGAAGACAAGAGUGACGCCGACAAGGCUACCGCUGGCGCUCUCGCACCCUCUGAGAGGACACAGGAAGAUCUGGCGAAGAAGACGGAAGGGAAGGAUGUGACGGAGUUGACGAGGGUGCCGCCUGAGAGUGCUAUUGCUGGGGUUUUGAUUCGGCAGUGGGCGAAGGGAGGGUUGGAUCUUGUGAGCAAGUUGUAGGGUGACUCUUGUACGUGGACACGUGUGUUAGGCGGGUGUUGCGAUCAGGUAUAAAAUUGGUCUUUCUUCACAAAGAUGUGCCAUGGAGGUGAUGCAGCCUGAUGUUCCACUAUGGGCUUUGCCUAGGACUUCUCCCGAUGCCCGGGGUUAUUAUGGUCAACAUACUAGGGGUGGUGGAUGGGUGAGAUAGUUGACAUAACGGCAUGAUGAGAUACAGGCCUGCGACGCCUUCUAUGUGGAUGUGAUUCGUCAUCUCCUUUGGGCAUUCUUCACAUCCGCAUACUUGUCCUCCAUCCACAAGGGCAUUUUCGUUAGGGUCUUAUUCC